AUGGCGAUUGUUAUGCAUGAUGCAGCUGACAAGUUAUGGGAUGACGACCAAUUAAUAGAGACAAUGCAAUUAAAAUCAACAGUGACAAAUUAUGGCACAAGUGAGGAUGGAAGACUGCCUGCUUUGGAGGAAAAUCCGAUGCUUUUCGUGAGAAACAUCCUUGAAUUGAUAAAGUGA